UUUGCUCUUGUUGGAACUUCUGCUGCUAAAAUCCCAACCAGAUCAGCAACUGCAACAUCAUGAGCAAGGAUACAAACUCUCUCUCUGUCAGAAGUAAAAGUGCAUCGGAAGAAACACUGUACCAUCAAAAUGAAGAAGAAAUGGCUCUCCAAGGAACGGACCAGUAUCGUGUUAGGAGGUUAUCCUGUCGUAACCUUCAGCUUCCUCCUUUGGCAUUUAGACAGCUGGAGCAGUUAGACUGGGAGAAAAAAGCUGAUCCAGAGAUGGUGCAGAGGCCCACCAACCUUCCACUGAGAACUCUUCCUCUCAUUGCUAUUACUGCUGCGGACACUGUCAGUUUCGACGUAGACAAUGGCACCUCAUCGGGACGGAGUCCCUUGGAUCCCAUGACAAGCCCUGGAUCAGGGCUAAUUCUCCAGGCAAAUUUUGUUCACAGUCAACGCAGAGAAUCCUUUCUCUACCGAUCAGAUAGCGACUAUGAUCUGUCGCCAAAGUCUAUGUCCAGGAACUCCUCUAUUGCCAGUGAUAUACAUGGAGAUGACUUGAUUGUGACACCGUUUGCUCAGGUGCUUGCCAGUUUACGUACUGUACGGAACAAUUUUGCUGCAUUAACCAACCUUCCGGAUCGAGCACCUAGCAAACGGUCACCAAUGUGUAAUCAACCAUCUAUCAACAAAGCAACCAUAACAGAGGAGGCCUACCAAAAACUGGCCAGCGAGACCCUGGAGGAGCUGGACUGGUGCCUGGACCAGCUGGAAACCUUGCAGACCAGGCACUCCGUCAGUGAAAUGGCCUCGAAUAAGUUUAAAAGAAUGCUCAAUCGAGAGCUAACCCACUUAUCUGAAAUGAGCCGAUCAGGCAAUCAAGUCUCUGAAUAUAUAUCCAACACAUUUUUAGACAAGCAGCAUGAAGUGGAAAUCCCAUCUCCAACACAGAAAGAAAAAGAGAAAAAGAAACGGCCUAUGUCUCAAAUCAGUGGAGUAAAAAAGUUGAUGCACAGUUCCAGCUUAACAAAUUCUAGCAUCCCCAAAUUUGGAGUCAAAACAGAUCAAGAAGAUAUUUUAUCCAAGGAGCUGGAAGAUGUAAAUAAAUGGGGCCUCCAAGUGUUUAAAAUAGCCGAAUUAUCUGGGAACCGACCUUUGACAGUUGUCAUGUAUACAAUCUUUCAGGAACGGGAUUUGCUAAAAACGUUUAAAAUUCCACCAGACAUGUUAAUAACCUACUUGAUGACGCUGGAGGAUCAUUAUCAUGCAGAUGUGGCAUAUCACAACAAUAUACAUGCUGCUGAUGUUGUACAGUCAACACAUGUGCUUUUGUCAACCCCAGCUUUGGAGGCUGUUUUCACAGACUUGGAGAUUCUAGCUGCUAUUUUUGCCAGUGCAAUACAUGAUGUUGACCAUCCUGGGGUUUCAAACCAAUUUCUUAUCAACACAAACUCUGAACUUGCCUUGAUGUAUAAUGAUUCAUCAGUCCUAGAAAACCAUCAUCUAGCUGUUGGCUUCAAAUUAUUGCAGGAGGAGAAUUGUGACAUUUUCCAGAACUUGACAAAAAAGCAGAAGCAAUCAUUGAGGAAGAUGGUCAUUGACAUUGUCCUUGCCACAGAUAUGUCUAAGCAUAUGAAUCUAUUGGCCGAUUUGAAAACAAUGGUUGAAACCAAGAAAGUGACUAGCUCUGGAGUUCUACUUCUCGAUAACUAUUCAGACAGGAUUCAGGUUCUACAAAAUAUGGUACACUGUGCAGAUCUAAGCAAUCCAACAAAGCCACUCCAGUUAUAUCGGCAAUGGACAGAUAGAAUAAUGGAAGAGUUCUUUCGUCAGGGAGAUCGAGAAAGAGAAAGAGGCAUGGAAAUAAGUCCCAUGUGUGAUAAACACAAUGCAUCUGUAGAAAAAUCACAGGUGGGUUUUAUAGACUAUAUUGUUCACCCUCUCUGGGAGACCUGGGCUGACCUUGUCCACCCAGAUGCCCAAGACAUCUUAGAUACAUUGGAGGACAAUCGUGAAUGGUACCAGAGCACAAUCCCUCAGAGUCCUUCUCCUUCAUCGGAUGACCAAGAGGAAGGUAGACAAGGACAAACUGAAAAAUUUCAGUUUGAACUAACAUUGGAAGAAGAUGGUGAAUCAGACACAGAGAAGGACAGUGGAAGUCAAGUGGAAGAAGAUACCAGCUGCAGUGACACCAAGACUCUUUGCACCCAAGACUCAGAGUCCACAGAAAUUCCACUUGAUGAGCAAGUGGGAGAAGAGGUGGUAGAGGAGGAGGAAGAGGAGAAUCAGUCAGAACCUUGUGUGCUAGAAGAACGGUCUCCUGAUACGUAACAGUGCAUAGCUCUCUCUAUACUCUCUCCUUUUCUGUUUUUAAAAGCUGAAAAUGGUUUCCAAAGUGCAUAUCAUAUGGCACAACCAUGAUCAUGCCUCACUGUCAUCUGCCAGAGUUGUUUGUUGAUCAAAAACUUAGUUCAGCACUCAGGAUUAGUGUGACCAGAAUUGUUCAUCUCCAUGGCACCAGAGAAUGAAGGAAAACAUCUGCAAAGAACAGUUGAAUGAAGAGUUCAGCUUGGCUGAUUUGAUGAGAGACUGACAGCACUCACAGCUGUUUUUCACAAGGAGUAAAGGCUGGUCCAAAGCUAAUGUGAGUGUGUGUGUGAGAUUAUAUGUGUGUUUUGUAUUAGGUUUUAAUUUCAUGAGGAGGCAAUUAAUACCAUACCUUUAAUGAUUAACACCAGAAUCUAAAGAAAGUGACCAGCAAAUGAAUCAAGUUGUCUAGUGGGAAAACAAAUGCACUCAAAUAUGGGGAUACAACAUGAACCAGUAGGAAGAUGAAGCUGUGGAAAUCACAUACUUUUCUAAUUUCAAGUCUUCCUGACACAUGACUGAAAAAGGUGUAGCUCAAUGGUUGCACUGAAGUCUGCAUUUUGUAUCAUAUGUAAAACAGAAAUCUUUUUGUAGAGUUUACUUUUAUUAUUAAAUGUGUUGGGUUAUUAUAUUUAAAAGAAUGCAACACCCUCCGAAUUUCAUCUGCCAGUGGCUUUCUCUUCCUCCCUCUUCUCCUAUCCCCAAAAAAGAGUAACUUGCAAGUUUUCAGUACAUGUAUAUGCUACACUGGAUAAAUUGAAUUUUAUAUUUGUUUGCACUUAGAUUUUCAUAGCAAUUCCUUCAACUGUUAUAAAAUAGCUUUUGUUUUAUAGACCAAUGAUACGUAUAUGAUGCUCUGUUAAUUCUCUCUCACCCAUCCACCUACCUAGUCUCUUAUGGUAGGUAAACACUUUGUUUUCUAUCUUCUUUUUUCUUUGUAAAUGUCCAAAAGCAGCAAUAUAUUAUCUGCUAUGAGCUCUUUGACCUCACAGAUAGCUUAGUCCUGCAGAUCCAAGGUUUAUGGUUGUGGGUUAAUUCCCCUCAACCAAACCAAUUAUUUUUGAAAUCUAGUGGAACACUAGAGUAGCAGUUCCCCAACAUUUGGGUUGCAACAAUUGAGGGGUGGCAGGAAUGUGGACCAUUAGGAUUCAAUCUUCCUAUAGUAGAUGCAUUGGGGUUCAGAAGGUUGAAAUGAAUGACAAUAGUGCAUAGAAACUUGAGAAUGCCCAAAACAAACAUUGGAUACUCAUAAGUAUGAAUAAAUUUGGAUCUGAGGUUUUCAGAUCUAUGGCCAGUAUAAGGGUGACUUUCCUAUUAUAUACACAAAUGUUUUAUUUGCUAACUGAAUAUUUCCUUUUCCACAAGACAGUUUGUUGGCAUGAACAAUAGCAUUGUAGGAGUCUUUUGCCCCAAUGACUUACUAAGACCAACAAAUGCUUUGGUUGGGGGCAUGCGGGCAACUGUCAUUGCACAGUACUUCAGAUUGUAUUUGUGCAAACAGGUCAGGAAUAAAUUGUUUCUAAGGGAUUUUUUUUCCCCGUCAAAAACUUUUUGAGAGGGUUUGUGCUAUUAUGGGAAGUGCACUACUCUACAAAACUGACAGGUUGUUAAGGGGGGGGGGAGUAUUGCAGAGCAAAGUGUAGACUGCCAUCCAUUGUAGAAUUAUAUUAUGGCUGUUAAUUAAAGUGGGAUUUGUGUAUCUAAUUUUAAAUUUGGCUGUAGCUGUAGCAUACAGCUAUAAUUAUGUGUAGGAAAUCUAUGCACAGUAGCAGACAUUAAUGCAGAUUGAAGUCUGUGAGGAUUGAAAAGGGCCAUCCUCACUUGACCUGUGCUGCCUUUCUCUUGCCAGAUUGCAUUAGUAGGCACAUAUUCAUGCUGCUUUAUCAACAUGGUACAUUUCCUUGACCACAUAGAUUGUCUCUCUUUGGUCUACAUUUGCAUAAAACAGCUCCUCACCGUAUGAAAAAGCUUUGCACAGAGUUAUUGUAAUCCCAGUAUUGAAGCAAUUUGGUUGGACUGGGUUUGAAUCAUGAGUCUUUGUUUUGCUGCAAUGAAAACAGAAAUGGGAUUGGAUUGGAUGGAGCCUAAAUUAAUAAGGCUUUAGUCUCAUUGUAAUCAAUGGAACUAUUCCUUCAUUUAUUUAGAAUUAAGACUUGUUUUAUACAUCAAGCUCUUACGGUAAGCACUGAAUAAUGAGGAUUUUAAAAAAAUGUUUUAAUGUGUUGACUCUUUCUUAGUUCUUAAUGCCUUUUGUUAAAAAAAAUACCAGCUAGGGAAAUGAAUGGAAGAAUAUCAUCAAAUUGCUGUUAGCAUGAAUUCAUGGCCUCUCCUUCACUACUUCGACAUUUGUACAGUCCCCAAGAGUGCCUGGAAUUUUAAUGAAAAAAAAGCAAUAUAAAUUCCAAAAAUCUAAAUGGACAUAGAAGGGUAUUUUUUUCUGCACUAAUAGUUUAAUCAAUAAAGAGGAGUGCUCUCUGGCUUGAGCCAGCAAGUUCUGAGGAAAGAACUGUUAAAUACAUAAAUAUCUUCGCUUUUUAACAAGAUUUCCCAAAUGUUAAUUUCAAGGAGGUUUCAUUCAUUGCUGGAUCUUGUUAGAGCGCACACUGUAAGAUUAAACUUUCAAAGAAAAUGGAGACUGUAUUGUGUAAAAAUGCACCCAUACACAUGGACAAUCAAAUGACAGAAAGCGUAAUAAUUUUUAGAGCCAGGGAUUGAAUGCACUGUACAAUCUUUUCUGUUUUCUUUUUAUUUUAUUUUGCCUGAAGUGUGUGAUAGCACACACAUGGCUGAAAAAAAUAUAUUAAAAGGUGACUUUACAUGUGCUCUCUGUUUUUGCCACAAGUAAAAUGCAAAGCAUUGGUACAGUUUUGAAAAGGAGGGUGGGAGAAUGGGGAAAAGGUGAGAAGAAUAUGAGUUUGCAUUUAUACUUUAGCUUGCAAGUUACUGUUCUUGGUAAUGUUGUGUCUGUUCCUUUUGAUUUCUGAUUUCAUGUCAUUGUUUCAAAAAAUGUGAUCAGAUAAUAUAGGUAGAACAAAUCACAUUCAAAAGCUUUUUAAAAAAAAGAACUUGAGAAUGAAAUGAAUUUUACAACAUUGUCAUUUAUUUUACAAUGCAUUUAUUUAUUUUUAUUUGUGCCAUGCAUAUUUUUUUCUCACCAAAUGACCUUACUUGUAAUAAGUCUUGUUUGUCUCUGUUUACAGCUAUGUAUUUAUUGUAAUGUAUAUAAUGUAAUGUUAAUUGUAAAUUAUAAGUUCUUAUUAUAACAUCAUCUUGCCGGGAUGGUGUUGCUAUAUUUGGAAACUCUUGGUGAGAGAAUUAAUAUUGUGUAUACAUACUCCCCUUGUACAUUUUUCCCCUUGUGUAAUAUAUCCUAUAUCACCUUAGAGCUUGUUUAUGGAAGAGUUGAGAAAAACAAUAAAAUACAUAGAUAUAUAAAUUAAAAGCUGCAGGUCUUUGGUCCCAGGGCUGUGCCUUAACCUUAAACAAAAUUUUCUUCUGUUUUGCUGCAUUUGGAAAAAAGGUUGUAGCAAACAUGGGCUGGGCGUAUCUCCAAUAUGCUUUUUUUUUUAAUAGAAGGACUUCAGUUGUGUCCCAUCUAGGAAUGUUCUCUUUUCCACUCUCUAGGAUCCACUGAAGCUGAGUUUUGGGGAGAAGGUUUUUUUUUUUUUAAGGGUAAGAUGGCAAGAGACUGUGCAGCUGAAACUGCCAUCUUGACUCUUUGUGACACCAUGUGGAUGCCCCUGCUGGCAUCUGACCUCCUUUUGAAUAAAUGCCUUCUCUCUAAUGGAAUAUACAUUCCCCUUCAAAGCAUUUCUUGAGGGAUUAUUCACCUUUCUUAGAGAAAGUAAAGGAAAAACAAAUGCUACCAACACUUAAUCAACAAGAAUGAGUAUUAAUCAAUGGCAGCUACUGCUCUCAAGCCCCACUGAAACAAGGCAGUCACUUUCUGUCCAUACCAAGGCAAUUCAUAUAGGCAGAUUAUUUAAUACAGUGGCUCUCCAGAUCAGACCUGUAUUGAUAUUGCACUGUAUACAGGACCUAUUCCCUCCAAUAAGCUUUCAGGUAGCCGAAGCUUACUUCUGUAUGAAUGGAUUUGCAGAAGACUGUCUGUAGCUUUUCUACAUCCUUGAAACACUACCGUUGGUUUUAGACCAGCGUUUCCCAACCUUGGCACUGGCUGGACUUCAACUCCCAGAAUUCUG